UCAGCAGCAAGACACCAUGGAGGUUACAGCUUUCUGCAUCCCACUCUUGAUGAAUGCGUUGAUGUUGCUGGUUGCCCAUAUUCAGCAUGGUUAUCCUCAGACACCUGUUUCAGAUGCAGCUUUUCGUAUCGUUCCAACCAGACUGCAGCUCUUUGAAUACGAGUCUGUCCAUUUUACCUGUGAGGGGUUUAAUGUCUCAGCUGGGUGCAGAGUGAGAACCAUCAAGGAAUUCAUUCCAAAAUGUUCAAAUGACACAGUAACGUCAACAGUGACCUGCACCAUUGACUUUGCCUUUCAAUCAGACAGCGGAGAAUACUGGUGUGAAGCUGGAGGAGGAAAGAGAAGCAACACUGUCAACAUCACUGUCACCGCUGGUUCUGUGAUUCUGGAGAGUCCCGCUCUUCCUGUGAUGGAGGGAGAUGCUGUGACUCUGAGCUGUAGAACCAAGUUGACUUCCUUCUCCAGUCUCAGCACCAAUUUCUAUAAAGAUGGCCGCCUCAUCGGGAGCAGUCCUACAGGAAACCUGACCAUUGAAAGUGUUUUCAAGUCUCAUGACGGCCGCUACAAGUGCAACAUCCCCGGAGCUGGAGAAUCACCAGAGAGUCAGCUGGCAGUCAGAGGUGCUGAUGUGAUCAUGGAGAGUCCUGCUCUUCCUGUGACUGAGAGAGAAGCUGUGACUCUGCGCUGUCGAACGAAGGAAGCUCCCUCUUACCUCCCAGCUGAUUUCUAUAAAGAUGGCCUUAUCAUCAGGAGCAGCUCUACAGGAGAGAUGACCAUCCAGAGUGUUUCCAAGUCUGAUGAAGGACUCUACAAGUGCAGAAUCUCUGGAGCUGGAGAAUCACCAGAGAGGAGGCUGACUGUCAGAGGUGCUGAUGUGAUCAUGGAGAGUCCUGCUCUUCCUGUGACUGAGAGAGAAGCUGUGACUCUGCGCUGUCGAACGAAGGAAGCUCCCUAUGACCUCCCAGCUGAUUUCUAUAAAGAUGGCCUUAUCAUCAGGAGCAGCUCUACAGGAGAGAUGACCAUCCAGAGUGUUUCCAAGUCUGAUGAAGGACUCUACAAGUGCAGAAUCUCUGGAGCUGGAGAAUCACCAGAGAGGGGGCUGACUGUCAGAAGUGCUGAUAUGAUCAUGGAGAGUCCUGCUCUUCCUGUGACUGAGAGAGAAGCUGUGACUCUGCGCUGUCGAACGAAGGAAGCUCCCUCUGACCUCCCAGCUGAUUUCUAUAAAGAUGGCCUUAUCAUCAGGAGCAGCUCUACAGGAGAGAUGACCAUCCAGAGUGUUUCCAAGUCUGAUGAAGGACUCUACAAGUGCAGAAUCUCUGGAGCUGGAGAAUCAGCAGAGAGCUGGCUGGCAGUCAGAGCACCUCACAGAGAGACCUGUCCCUCCUCGGAUCACUUCAUUUAUGUCCUCCUCAUCUUAAGGACUGUGUUCACCAUAGUGAUGGUGGCUCUGCUGCUGCUGCUGGUGGGACUGCUGCACUCUGGGAAACUCAGAGUCAAACAUGAAUAACUGAUAGUCAUGUGUAAAGGUAAACGGUAGUUUGGACGUCAAGGUAAUGGAGCUGAGAACAUCCCAUCCUCUGAGUCUAGGAAAUCCACCAACUCAGGAAAGAUGCACUUUAAAAAGCAUCACCAAGAUUUCUUUUACAUUUAAUUUCCAUCUGUUUUUAUUUUGACCUUUGUUUAAGUUGGGUUUAAGGUGUCAAACUCUCUUGUUUACAUGUUCAUAUUUGCAGAGACUUUCUCACACAGAAAAGGUUACAAACCUCAGAGGGACCUGAUGCAUGGAGUAUUUUUAAAAGGCAGGCUGUCAGUAUAUCUCAGUAUAUGUUGGUCUGUGUUUUAUUUUGGACUGUACAUAUGCUGCUGAUAAUUUGAGAUCCUCAGACACAAACCACAUGAGAAUCUGUAUGUCUGUAGAAGAGGCAUUCAGGAGUCUCUGUAGAAACAACAAACAGCAGUGUAAAAGGUAAACUGUGUCUUGUAUAAUGGGAAGUAUAAGGACAGAAUAGAGUCAGUCUAAAUAUUUGCAUUUGCUCCUGUUAAACCAUCGGCUGUGUUACUGCAUGACCUGCCUUUUUGUUUAGUCUUUUGUUUAGUUCUCCCAGUUGUUGGUUCAGCAGGAGGGAAAUUGAGGGAGGAUGAGAGAAGAGAGAGUUACAAAAUAAUGUUACAUUAAAACCGAUUGUGUUUAUACAUUUUUGUAUGUGAUUUCUUCAUCUGAAAACAAGAGAAAUGGAUUCUGGGGUAAACAGCAGGUCAUUAAACUUCAAUAUUCAAUGGAAAAUAAGCUCAGAAUGAAAUAGCACAAUGUGGUGUCAACACAAAACACAACGCUUUCAAACUGGAGAACGGAGUUCACUUCACGACUAAAAGAAAAUACUUUCACCCAGGAAACGCUUGUUCAUUCCUCGGGUGUGUUUUAAUCAAAUCUAAUCCUAACCCUAACCCUCCUCUCUGUGGGCUGGUCAAAAGACUGAAGUAGGUGAAUGGCC